AUGUCAGAUAAUCCAGCUAAGAUCCAGCAGAAGUAUCUGAAUUCAGGUGCAAGUAAUGGAAACUUCAUAAAUUGUAUUGGUAUGACUUAUUAUCAUGGACAACUUGUUAUUGCGUAUGGCUCUUCUCAUUUAGUUGUCAUAGCAUCAACAUCUCUUAACGUCAUAUCAACUCUUGAUGGACAUAGUAAUAAUUCAGUUGUUACAUGCGUCGCCUGGGCUCCGUUUUCCGGAAGAUUAUCUUCAUGUUCAAAUACACGCGAGCUAAUCAUUUGGGAUCCGAUAGAUGGCACUUGGAAACAAACACACAAAAUCCAAUUGUCUUCUCCAGGCGUUUGCAUGUCCUGGUCAAUUACUGAUGUUCAAUUCUGUGUCGCAGCAGAGAAAUUUCAGAUUUAUACAUUGAUGAAAAACAUCGAAACUAAAGAAUACGAACCAACAUUCGAAGAUCCUGUUCCAAUUUCGUUCUGUUCCUUUAGUAGAGAUUCAAGAUUCAUUUUAACAUUACAAAAAUCAUCAAAAGAAGUGUUUAUAUGGCAUAAAACCGCUGGCGAUAGACAUAAAUUACGUAGAAUUCCAUUAAAUCACCCAUCUCAAGUUACAACAAUUCAUUGGCGUACUUCUGAUCAAAUUCACGAAAGAUGCUCUUUCCUUACAUUAGCGGAAGAUAAUGUCGUUAGAAUUUGGACAGAAACAGGCGUAAAUGAACAAUUGUCAUUUAAUGUGGUUGCAGCCAUCCCAAGCCAAUACGGAACGAUAUCCGCAACGUUUAUUACUACAUCUUCAAGAAUGAUCAAGAAUAAUGCUCAAGAUCCGCAGCAUAAAUCGAGUAUCAGUGUCGAUAACUACGCCUUUGGAACAGGCCACUUACCUCUCAAAGAUUUAAACAACCGUGAAGCAGAUAUCGCAUCCAAUCAAGAAUUAAAGCGAAAUGUUAGCUGGUUAUUGACAUGCGACUCAAAAAACAACGAAAACUACAUAAAUCUCUGGGAACUCUCAGGCAUCAGCACGUCAGUACGUAGAACACCAAAACUCAACUGUAUAAAGCGUAUAAAAGUUUCCGGACAAAUUUAUCCGGGAAAUUACACGAAAAUGUUUGCAGUUUGUACGCUCGAAAGCGAAUUCGCACAUCUCAACGAUGAGACAUUCAUUGGCCGUCCACGAUCUAUUUCUUUGAUUUUACAAGAUCAGAAGACAAAUAUGAUUGAGAACGUCGAUGUUUCGUUACCAGACGACAGAGUACAAGUUGUUGGUCGCUCACAAGGCCAUUCCCAUCCGAUCAGCUCGAUUCGUAUCCAUCAAACUAAACCUCUCAUGGUUACAAUGGAUACAGACGGCUUAGCUUUAAUCUGGAAGUACGAUGAUACAGAUGUAUACGAUCCUACUGUUUUAACCAAGUUCGGAAGUAAAAUUGAUUCGAAAAUCAUUGCAGGAGACUGGAAUGGCAUUGACAGACAGUUAUUUGCAUUUAACGGAUCAAAAUUCUACUCAAUCGAUGUUCCUAUCGAUGCUGCUCCUCUUCUUAAAGCGAAAUUAAUCUGGAAUUCGCCCCAAAUCACAGAAGGAGAGAACAACAACCCAAUUAACGAAGUCAUUGACUUUAGAUAUUGCACUACCAUGAAUUCCGGCUCUCUAUUCAUAAUGUUACUCCCUAAUACCCUUUAUAUCCUCCAUUUCGACAACAAAAGUGACACUGUGUCACUUUUGAAGAAAUUUACGAACAAAUAUACAUUUGGUGCUCAAGCGUAUAUAUCCACAUUAUUCCCAUUACCGGGCGCCACCAUAUAUUUCUUUGCCGACCAAAAUAAUGAUGUUUACACGACAAUCAUGGAAUCUACAUCUCCAUUCCAAGUUUCUGUUAAGAAAGUAUGUCACAUUGAUGAACAGAUUGUUGCUCUUGACUUUGCACAUCCUGGUUUCCUGUUUAUCAUCACAAAAAAGCAUAUGUACAUUACAUGGCGACAUUCCUCACAAAAAGUCGAUUUCGAGUUGAUUCAAAAGAUCGAAAUGACCCAUGAACCAUUGACAGCCGCAUGUAUUCCAACAGGUUUGAUAGCUGUUGUCACACGUGAUGAAGUACACACAGGAAAAACAUUUCUCAACUUGUAUCAUUCCAUAAGACAGAGAUCGACAUUUCCUGAUACACAUAGUGACUGGGAAUUCGUUGCAAGUUGUGAAAUGGACUGUAUAAAUGCAAUUGAAUGGAGUCUUGAUGGUAUCUUGAUUGUUGCCAGUGACACAAAGAUAACAGCGUUCACUAAAUUCAUGGAUUCUUUCUUUUAUUCGAUACAAUUGAAGAAAGUCAGAACAAUUCAUCAUAGAUUGGCAAUAAGAGCAAGAUCUCCUUCAGAUUUCCAUCCAAUGACAAUGUUUCCUUUGGCUUCUUCUGGAAGAUUGAAUUUGGUUUAUUCGAUGCUUGAUUUUCUCAAUGAAAACUACAAUCUUCCUGAUAAUUUGGGCAUGUACACGAAGAAUUUGCUCAAAAUGCCUGAAGAAGGUUUCGAUUUCAACAUUUCUGAUGAAAAAAUUUCGAAAUUGGAAGAAGAACUCGUCCAAAAACUUGAAAACGAAAAUCCUUUGGAUUGCGGUGACAAACAAAAAGAACAAUUAAUAAGAUUAGUCAAGAACUUAAUGAACUUGCAAAGACCUGAUAUAAUGGCACUUGAAAAAAGAGCACAAGUUGUUUCAAGAGCUGUUUUACUUGAAGAAAAAACAAUUCUUCCUUUCGACGCAAUCAUCCUCGGUUACCAGACUUAUUGUCAAAUGCAACUCAUGAAAACUCUCGAUUUAACAUCAUGGGAAAAUGUCGAGAAAAGCGGUUGCAUAUUCUGGUGCAAGGAUUUGAAGGAUAUUUUUGAAUUUUUGACUCCUUUGGCGGUUAACGUUUUUGAACAAGCACGUUAUUUGUCAAUUUUAUUGUUAACUCUUGGCAAAAGAUUUAAGAUUUUGCAGAGAUUGUUUUCUAAGGCAGGUGAUGAUACAAGAGCCCAAUUCUUUGUAAGAAACUUUGACUUGCAAAAGAACCAGAAAAGUGCUGAGAAAAAUGCUUAUUCAGCUCUCGGAAAACAUGAUUAUCAUAUUGCUGCUGCUAUGUUUUAUUUGGCCGGCCAAAUAGGAUCAUGUGUUCGUGUUUUACUGAAAAACUUAGGUUCUUAUACAUUGGCAUAUUUAGCAUGCAGAUGUUUAGAUGACAACAACAAAGUUGAUGUCAACAAUAGUGAUUAUAUUUGUGGAGAAAACUUGAAACAAAUAAUUAACGAAGCUUUUAUUCCGAGAUGUUUAGAAAGAGAAGAUUUUGCCGCCAAAGAAUUUUUCGAACACAUAAUUGAUAACUCGAAUCCAAUUGAAUUGGCACCAAGAAUGACACAAGCAGUACCAGGUUACUUCUUCCCAGAAUCAUCCCAUUAUGGUGAUAUGAGAUUUAACCUCUGCGAAUCAUUGAAUACAACAAUUUCAAUGAAAAGUGACUAUUUGAAGUCUGCUUUUUACAUUGGUAAUAUCUUUUUGGCUGUUCAGUAUCUUCCUUACUACGGAGAUACAAUUCUUCCUGUUGAAGCAACUGAGUACCAAGAAGGACCAGAUACAAUGCAAAUGCAAAAAUCUCUGUCAAGAGAUUUCGAAUCUUUGCACGCAAUUUCUGCAAAUUCUUCUAAAACUGACAUAAAAUUCUUAAAGUCAGUUCACUCUUUCUCCCAAAAUUAUUUGCCAAAAAUUCUCCCUAAAAAAGGAAAAAGUGACACUUCUUCAGAUGAAGAUGAUAGCUCAUUUACAAGUGAUAACCUUAAAAUGAAAAGUGGCCAAUUAUCACACAAGAAAUCCUCAAUUUUAGCCACAAAACCAACCAGUAAUUUACAAGGCCAUCACCACAGAAAACACACAAAAUUAGGUCAAGUAAAAGAAGAAGUCAAAGAAGAAAUUAAAGUUGAAGAAGAAGUCAAAAGUGAAGUGAAAGAUGAGGAACCAAAAAGUGACUCAAACAAAGAAGAAGAAAGUGAAUCAUUUAACAACGAUCCAUUUGGAUAUACAGGAGGAGGCUUUGAUGAUUUCGAUGAUGAUUAUUCUGAUUCAUCUGAAGACGAAAAGCCACAAACAGAAACAAAGAAAGAUGACGACAAAAAAGAGUAUUAUUCCGAUGAAUAUUCUUCAGAUUAUUACUACGAUGAGGAAGAAGAAAAGAAAGAGAAUAAGCCACAAGAAACAGCUCUCGAAAGUUCUCUUGUUGACAAUUGGUUUAAUGAAAUCAUUCUUUUCAACAUUUGCAGAUACAGACUUGAAUAUUUCCUCGAAACUAAAUAUGGUAUGGAUUUGAAAGAUGUCCCCAACAUUUUCCAAAUUCUCCCUGAAAUAAAUUCUGUUGGAGAUCAAACGAAAUCGAUGAUCCACCAAUUAUCUGAUUAUUUAUUGAGAUCCUGCAAGAGAAGAUGUUUCAUUUACAGGAGAAUUAUGUUGAUGACAUCAGAUACAGACAAAUUAUUCUAUAUACAUCAUCUUUGCAGAUCAAUUUCUUUGAUUCCUGAUCAAAUGCUUUCUUUCCAUAUUUCUCCGCAACAAAUUUCGCAAUUAGCACAAACUGCUCAUAUAAUUAUUACUUUUGUUAAUGCGAAAAUUGUUGAUAUCAGCAAAACUGAUUCGUCCCAUUUCAUUAUUGCAUCAAUUUGCACUGCUUUGUUCAUGUUCGCUUUCUUCUAUCAAAAGAACAAAAUGAUGAAUUUGUUGUUGAGUUUGGAUUUGACGAACUUAACAAGUUUCCCUGAAGAAUUCGAUGAAGAAUUGAAGAUAGAUAACUGUACUUUGGAAGAAAUCAAAAAUGAACAAUUGGAAGAUACUCAAUCCGGUUCAUUUUUGACUUAUAUUUUAGAAUCAAGUAAUUCUAAAUUAAGUUGCAAAUCACAGUCAAUUGAAGAUGAAGCAGGCUUCAAAAUCUUUGCUCAUUCUUUAUUGGACUUUUUGUUACAUGAUACUUUUGUUUCUCAGGUCCAAAAGUUGCAUGUAAACAGCGAAGAAUUUGAAAAAAUGUAUCAAUUCCUUUGUAAAAUCAAAGACAUUUACAUGCAGUUGUUCCAAUACGCGAUUCUUUCUUCAACUGUUAUUAGAUGGUUGACUAAUUUGGAUGAGAUUGAUUAUGGAAACGACGAAGUUAAUUCAUUGUAUAGUUUCUUGUUAAACAAUGACAAGAAAUCGGUCAUUUCUAGUUUCUGCAAGAAUUUGGUCAAUAAAUUCUCGAAUUCCUCAAUUUUGCCUAAAGAAAGAUUAGUCAUGAUGAAUAUCAACGUCAAAGACAAAAUCUCUGAGAAAUUCAAGUCCGAAGUUUUCUCAAUCGCUUCUAAUAAGUCAGGAAACAAAAUCAUGAUUGCAACACAACAAGGAUUAGUCGAUAAAGACGUAAAACAUGGAAUAAGAAACAUAAUGUCAAGAAAUAAAAUUAUUUCAUUGACAGGAGACAUGAAGAUGACAAGAUUCGAACUUCCUUCUGAUAAACAUAAUCCGUUGAUUACUGAUGAUGAUUUCUCUAGAUUUAAAGAAAGAAAAGAACCACAAAAUCCAAGAAUAAUCAUCAGUCAUCCAAGAGAAGAUUUCGCAAUAAUUGCAGAUAAAAAUGGAGAAAUUUAUUCGAGAAAUUAUCAUGAUCCUUCUAAACUAACAUUUUUCGAACCGAAAUGUGAUGGACAGAUCAAUUCAUUGUCCAUUUCAAACGAUGGAACUAUGUUUGGAGCAGGAUAUGACUCAACCGCGAGAAUUUAUUCAUUUUACUCUAAUGAACAAGGUCGAAAUUUAUUUGCUGAUUAUGAUACAUGGUCAGACAAAAUCACAUGCAUGAGUUUUGUCAAAGGAAGUGGUUUGUUUGCAUGUGGUCAAAUCCCUAAUGAACAGUGCAAAGGCAAUGUUACGUUCUGGGAUUGUUUGUUACCAAAUUCAUCAGCGAUGAUAGCAAGUGUCAAAUUCUCUAAAGGAGAAGAUCCGAUUUGCAUGGAUUAUUCAUACUUGGAGAAUCAUUUGAUUGUUGGCACUUCUAAAGGAACUAUCAUGGCAAUCGAUACUCGCAUGUUCGAAGUUGUUCACACAUACAAAGCACACUCUAAAGGUGUCUACGCACUUAAGAUUGAUAAGAACGAAGCAUAUUUUGCAUCAGGUGGCAUCGGCGGCAAAGUUAAGAUUUGGAAUUUACACUCUGCUGCUAUGGUCAAACAGAUUGAAGUUCCUGGCUUCAGAAACAUUAAGAACAUUGAUAUCAACUACGACCACAUUUAUGUUGCAUACAACGAAGGCUAUGCACAAAUCAACUUAGGUCAAUAA